AGCAGCAAGAAAAUAACAAUGGAAUCUCGGAUGAACAUAAUCCAACAAGUGAAAGUGUUACAUGUGAUGGGCAGCCCAAUUCUCUGUCUGUUGCUGGUGAAAUGGCUGAAUCAAUUCAAAGACGUGAAGGGAUAUUAUCUCAAACAUUUUCUUUGAACAAUGCACCAGAUGAGCGGGAUAACAUGGAAAUUGGAGACAGGAAUGGUGCAACAGUCUCUGAUCAAGUAGAGCAAUUUUCUGAAAUGGUUAACUUGCCUGAGGGGGAUUCUGCUGUGCCCGGAAACCUCUCACUGCAAGCCAUGGGUGAUGAUGGAUUGUCAGGAGGAGAUGGUCGGGCAGGGAACCAAACUGAACAAUCAAUACCUCUUGAAAUUGGUGCAGGGGAGCCAGACACACUGGAGUCUCAGGAUGCUAAUCAGGCUGAUCAAGCGAGUGUUAAUAUUGAGGGUCCUGGUUCUAAUGCCAUUGAUCCUACCUUCUCUUGGAGGCGUUACCUGAAGACCUACAGGCAGAAGUUUUGGCUUCACAACAAUCCCAAUCUGUUCGACCUCCAACUGAUGUACCACCUUCAGCAGAUAAUAUUGACCUGGAGUUCUUAGCUGCUCUUCCACCAGACAUUCAGGCAGAAGUAUUAGCACAGCAAAGAGCACAGAGAGUUGCACUGCAAGCUGAGGGUCGACCUG